AAAAGAGGAGAAAAGAAGAAGAAUAAUUUAUUUUUUGUCUACAGGCUUGUUAUUUUCAAUUAGAAUUGAAAAAGCGUUCGUACAAAUAAUCUUAUAAAGAUUGAAAAAAGAUGAGUUCGCCAGGAGAAAAUACACACGCCACUACAAAAGAAAAUGUAGCCGAAAUGGAGGAAAUAGAUGAGGCAGAAGAGGAAGCUUUAUUGAAAUCUGACGACGAGUAUGACACUGUGCGUACAAAGAUCCAACCAGUAUUGAGUGCUUUGGCUCCUCCAGCAGCAAUACUCACAGAUGAAGAUUCACUCAUGAAUGAAGCAGUACAAUUGCAAGAUGAUGCAGCGGGAGCUGAUGCCGGCUUGAGUGAUGAGGAUGAAGUAAUGACUGAAGCACAGGAAGUCUUGGCAGGACAGCUUAAGGGAGGUGGGCUCGAUAGCGAUAGUGAUGAUGACGACGAUGAAUCGGACGAAGCGGAAAAAGCACUUGUGGCAUACAAAAAGUUAAUUAAAGAGCUGGAAGUAAAUCAAUAUGUUUACGAUAAAUAUGUGCAGCUCUGCGAAUUAGCACACAAUACAGACGAUCUGGAUAUUAUACGGGAGGCAUAUAAACGUUUUUCUACUGCAUAUCCCUUGUCACAAGAUUUGUGGCUUAAGUAUUUAAGCGUUGAAAUGAAUGUUGCGUUAUCGCCCAAAGAAAUGGAAUUUGUUGAGGGCCUAUUUCGAAAAGCUUUGGAUGACUAUUAUUCAACAACCAUUGCGCUGGAGUUUGCAUCAAUAGCCCCACGUUGUGCCGAUCCUGAGAAGAUAUGGCGUGAACUGUUAGGCACUUACGGACUGCACUGCCUUGAUGGCCAACAGUUUUUUAAGCUAUAUCGCGAGUUUCUCACAGCCCAUAAUUCUAUGAGUUCGGAAGCAAAACAAGAGGCGUACAUCAAAAGUUAUUUGCAAGAACUAAAAUAUCCCCUCUUUAACAUGGAAGAGAGCUACAUAGAAUUUAAGGUUUUCUAUGAAAAGAACAAAGAUCAGAUAAAGCAUGAAAUGAGUUGGGAACUCAUCGACAAAAAUUACUUUAAAGCUAAGGAUCACCUGCGCAAAAUUUUGCACUUCGAACAAAAACUUAAAGAACUGGAUGUCAAAUGUUACCGCGAACGUGCGGAAGUGUAUAUCACUUACAUCAAAGAGUCGGAUAAAUUCCUUGAUGAAAACGUAUUGCAAACAGUUUACGAACGCAUGGUUGCCGAUUGCUGCUUAAAUAUAGAUUGCUGGCUAACAUAUAUUGACUUCAUUGCAUACCGCGAUGCAUAUGGGCGUCCGGAAGAGCUACAAAAUUUACCCACCUUUCGCCAAACCGCAGUGGAUGUUAAUAAACGCGCUCUGCGGAACUGCACAUGGUCGGAAAAGCUAUAUGUAAAGUACAUGCUACUGCUGGAACAGAUGGGUCGGUCGCGUGAGGAGGUGCAAGAAAUUUUGGAAAGCGCAAUGUCAGCUGGUUUUCAAACCGCUGAGUCUGCUGUGACUGUUUGGAUGGAGUAUUUGACAUAUUUGCGGCGGCACACUGACUACGAGAAUGAAGACGAGUGCGAUAUUUUGCGGAAGAAUUUCAAUUUAGCCUGGACAAUUCUCGGCCAACAAUGGGGUGUCUUGGCCGAUUGUAAUUGUGAGAUAUUAUUACUCUGGGGACGUCUAGAAUAUGGGCCACUAUCCGAUGCGAAACGCGGCAAAGAACUUUGGACUACCGCAAUGGAAAGUUCCGACAACGCGACGCGUUCUGGUCUGUGGAUAGAAUUUGUGCACUUAGAGCUGCGCAGAGAUUUGGAAGCGACGAGAAAAUUGUACCGUAAAGCACUGCAUUCACCGGGUCUUGACAAUCCAUCAGUUAUCGCUGCGGCUUGGGAACGCUUCGAGCGUUGUAAUGGCACUACGAAAACUCUUAAUAAUUGUACAAAAGAAUGUACCGAAUUCUUAAUUCAAUAUCAUGCACAAAUGAGCCAAUUUAAGACGGACACUGCGACAAGUAUGAAGGGUAAUAAAGCUACAAAGCGCAAGACAACAGCUGCCACUGAGUUCGCUGUACCGGAGAAGAAAACAAGAACGGAAGAAAAAAAGCAAGACAUGCAACCGAGUGGUAGUGGCGGUGGCGGUGGGAUUGGUGGUCUGCCUGGACCAAAACGCCUUGAAUCCGCCACAUUCAAAGAACACGAAAAUCAAGAAAUAGAUUUGACAAAAGAUCAUUUACGUAUAUUCCUUAGUAAUUUGGAUUACAGUUUAACUGAAGACGAUAUUCGUACCGAAUUGCGAGACUUAAAAGUUGUAAAUGUGACACUGAUACGCUCUGGGAAUGGCAAAAGUCGCGGUUUUGGCUAUGUAGAACUAGAGAACGCGGUUGAGGUUGAGAAGGCUUUGUCGCUGGACAGAAUUUCUUUGAAAGGUCGGCCAUUGUACAUAUCCAGUGUUUUGCGAGAUAAGGAGAAACGGCAAAAGUUCAAAUAUUCAGAUGAUUUGGAACCAAAGAAACUUUUUGUAAAAAGCUUGCCUAAUGACACCAAAAAAGAAGAGUUGGAACAAAUUUUUGGAGCAUUUGGAAAGCUGCAGGAUGUUCGCUUAGUAUAUCACAAGAGUGGCAAAUUCAAAAAUAUCGCUUACGUGGAGUUCAAAGAAGAGGCAGCAGCUGGCAAGGCAGUUCUUGGUACUGAUCAGCUUGAACUGCGCGGUCAUUCGAUUUCAGUGGCGAUCUCGGCACCACCACCUAAAUCUGCUACUUCAACGAUAAAUACAAAUAAACUUCUGGGUUUGAGCAACAAACGUAGCAAAGCGUUCGAACAGAAGCCUCGUAUGUCGCUCAUACCAACAGCAGUGCGCAAACAAUUUACUACUGCGCUGGAUUCUAAAAUCUCACAUAUAGUAAACAAUAAAUCUACCAAUGGAGCAGCUCUGUCAAAAACAAAUGAUGAUUUUCGCAAAUUAUUACAGAAAUAAAUUAGGUAUUGCUCGUGUUUGGAUAAAGAUCGUAAUGCGGAAUUUUUGUUGAAAACAACUAGGAUUAGUCCGUGACUCAUACCUUACCAGAGACAAUUGUCUACCGUAUUGUGAAUUUUAGUGAUUAGAAUUGAAAUAUUUAAAAGCAAUACAGAAUAUUACUAUGUAUAUUUAACUUGAUUUAAUUUAUUUCC